AUGGAAUUCUACGAUCCAAUUGUAGCACAGGAAGAGCUUCCUAACACGGAAGGAGCUAAUGACAACAAGACUGAAGAAGCAGUUCACAAAUUAGAAGAUGAAAUUGAUCAAGCAUACACGGCAGUCGAGGCGAGGUUUGCUGGAUUAUGGUCAAGUGCAUCCAAGAAUGCGAACGAAUUGCAAGAGAAAUACAAGUUGGAAGAACACAAGAAUCAAUUACUUGAGCAAUUGAGUUCUGCGAAGACGAAUAUUAAUAACAAGGCAAAGGUGACGGAGAAUUUGGGACAAAUCGAAGAGCAGUUGAAGGCAUUAUCGGGACAUAUGCCAGACGUUGAUUUGAAAAACUUACAACAACAUGCCUCUAACACGCUCGACUCGUUGGACUCCACGUUGGAACUGGUUGAAAAACAAGCUGGCAAAUACGUCACACAGCUUACGUCUUUCUUUUCAGGUAUGGUGUCUGUGAACCCAGAUGUGCAACCAGGCGAGUCAACAGAAACGUUAUUCAAGACACCAUUGAACUCCAAAGAAAACUAUGGAACGUCUCGUUAUGACAACGACUUAUAUAACUUACAUACCACCGCUUCGAUAUACACGUCCGACGAAGCAGACAGCGACGAAGAAAUUAAAAAAUUCCAUGCCGAUGCAAAAACAGAUGAGAUUUCUAAGUUACUCGAACACUAUCCAAAUACCCUUACCAAAUUGAUGAACGAUUUAGUGCCCGUGAAAAUCUCGUACGAAUUAUUCUGGUAUCGUUAUUUCAAGGCCGAGACCAAGCUUAAAGAGUCUGAGAAAAAGAGAAAAGAAUUGUUAAAGAGGAAAGAAAAUAAAGACACCAACGACAAUGGCGAUGAUGACGAAGAAUUCACUUGGGAUGAUGAAGAAGAAGACGUCGUUGACGUUGCUAAAGAAGCCCAAAACGAACAAGAUGCAAAAUCGGCAAAAGAUGAGGACUCGGUUCAAAAGUCGUCAAAGGAUUCUGACAAGAAGACUAGCCAGGAAGACGAUGAUGAUGAUGAUGAUGAUGACGACUGGGAAUAG